AUGGCAUCUAAAAAGGUUUCAUUCUUCUUUAUUCUUUUUCUAUGUGUUCUCUCAACCACAGAAUUUGGAGAAGCACAAACCCCAACGGGAAAAAAAUGCGAAGAUCCAAACGGCGUGGACAGAAAAGCGAAGUGUUAUACUUACUGUAAUGAACAAGGUUUUCUCGGUGGUUCUUGUCAAGGAUACAAAAAUCAUUAUAUGUGUGAGUGUUAUGAAGGAGUUUAA